GUGCGCCAAAACACUACGCUGAGCACAAUGUCCCUUUUGCGUUUCUGUUCUUUUAGUAAUAAAUGUUUGGUGAAAAACAGACUGUUAUCGGACUCUUUGGUUACAGCUUGUUCCAGAACAGCAGGCUACACAUCCAGAGAGGAUAAGAAGCCCCUCCGCAAGCCAAAGACACCUGUAGGGAAGUUUGACACGGAUGAUAAGGACACAAAAACUACAGACGCCUUUGCAAGAUUUCCAGAUGAUGUGAAUCCAUGCACAAAAGAAAAAGGUGGUCCUACAGGCCCCGAGCCAACACGGUAUGGAGACUGGGAAAGAAAGGGACGCUGUAUUGACUUCUAGGUCAACCUUAACAUGUGUGCAUCCCACAAGUGUGAUAUCUUUAGAUGUGCGUUAUCAUGCAGACAGACCACAUAAUACAUUUUGGGGAACGUGGUAGAAGUUAUUAAUAAUGGAAAAUGCUGCCUUUUCUGGUGUCACCUGUGCACGAGCACUUGAUUUACUGUACUGUAUAUUGUUAAAAUGUAUUUUUGCCUAAGAAGUGUGUGAACAAAUCAGUUCCAUGAAUGUAAAAUAUGAAUAUCAGUAAGAAAACAUUUAAAAUCCAAUGAAUAAAGUGGAAUGGAUUUAGAA